AUGGCUACCCAGACUGGAACUGCCUCAAGGAGGCCGAAGCUGUCCUUGUCCAUCAAGACAUCGCCGGCUCCUCAUACGAGAAUCAACAAAUCCUUGGCUCUCGUUGACCCCAAGUCCCCAACGACUUUCAACACCCUCUCCAAUGUCUACACCACCGCCAUUGAGAGGUCGACUCCCGCCAUCGCCGACCCCUUGACUGCCAUCAACGAAGCCAAGGAUCUCGUGACUCCCCAGCUACGGAUACAGACCCCGUAUACAGUCUGCUAUCCCGAGACGCCGCUGACAGCUCACCCUCUCUCACCCGCCGCUGCUAUGGAAAUCACCUUUCCAAGCACCAUGACUGCGACACCGCCGCUGUCAGCAGGCCCCGUAGAAGGUCCUCAAAUGUUCGGGUUUUCACCAAUCGACGCCCAGACUCCUCUGACGGCUUUGAUGAACGACCAACCGACACCCCGAUCUCUGCGUAAACGAACCAACCUUACACUGGCUGGCACCAAGCCACCUUACAGCCAUCCUCGAUCCCUUCACAGCAUCCUCCGCAACUCGCCGCUUCCUCCCCCGACAGCCAAGACGCCCACAUCACCCCGUCGACAGUCCCUGCGCUUGCAGGAGAAGGCGGCACGCCGGGUAGCUUACAACAGCCCAAUCGAGCAAACCAUCACAACCAACACGUAUACGAAAUCUCACAUCGACCUGCUCAUCGAAGACUCGUCUCCCGCAUCUCCCAGGGCACAACAGGACCAGAACACUAUUCUAGACCUCGCACUCGCCUUCACAGGCAACGAAACACUCGAUGGCGGAAUGACGCCCGGACCGUUUGAAGAGAUGCGCAGACGAAUGGCUGGCCUCGCAGCCAACUCACCGGUGGUAUCCAGCCCGGCGGGAGCCAGCCCCUCAGGCGGCAUCAGGAAGAAGAAGAGAAAGGAGAAGAAGCGCCGCUGGGUCUGGACGAUUGGCAACCAGGAAGAGGACCCGGACAACCUCGGCGGUGCUGUGGCUGCGUUGCGCGCGGCUGAGGCGGCAGCAAACAAAGCAGGAGACGACGGAAAGCAGCAACCUGCGCCUCCCGUCGUGGAGGUGCAAACCUGCGGCGAUCUCCCGACGCCUAGCGUCGAGACGUUCGACGAGGCUGGAGACGUUGAAAUGUCAGACACGAGUAGCGUCUCGUGCGAUCGGGGGCUCACGCCCGGGGACAUGGACGUGGACCUCUCGACGCCGACGAUCCUGAGGCCGUCCUCGUCGCGCAUUGACAGGCUUGGGUCGGCGGGGCUCUUCAACCCGGAAACUGGGAGUAGGAGGGACACGCCCAUUCCGCCUGAUUUGGUGGUUGCUUGA